AUGACCACAGCUCUCCGGCUGAAGCCCGGCCUUGCCCACUCGCGCUCAGGCCCUAAAGCUGUGACGCUCCUCAGUCCUUGGGGACCACAAUUUCCCACGGAGAGAAGCGCCUCUGACGUGCAGGGCGUUCCACAGGGCAACAUUGUAGUGCAGCUCUGGAGCAGAUUUUUUCAGAGUCCCAAGAUCCUCCAGGUCUCAUAUUCUGUCUUUGAAAGAGAUAAUCUGAGAUGUCAGGGCAAAGGAAACAAGAAAAUAACCAAAAAGGCUUACAACAUGGAUGGAGGAAAUAUAUUCCCUUUUCCUAAAACUUCAAGCUCCACCUUCUCCAAUGCCAGCUGCAUGCUGCUUUUGACAGCCAGCUCUUCUCGGCCCAUAGAGGGGAACUCAGUGAUCCUGACCUGUAAGAUCGAACUCCCUCCACAGAAGUUAGGUGUCCAGCUCCAGUUCUACCUCUUCAAAGAUGGCCAUGCCCUGGGGCUGAGCCAGAGCAACUCCCUGGAGUUCCAGAUCACUGCCGUGACGAGGGAAAAUUCAGGGUCCUACUGGUGUGAAGCACGGAGAAACGGCCUUAAAGUCCUAAGGAGCAAGAAUAUCUGGAUACAUGUGCGGAGAAUCCCUGUCUAUAAUGUGACCUUGGAGACACAGCCUCCAGGGGGACAUGUGAUGGAGGGAGAGAAGCUGGUCCUUGUCUGCUUGGUCACUGGGGGAACGGGAAACAUCACCUUCUUCUGGUACAAAGGGGCCUUGGGUUUAAACCUAGAAGUGAAGACCCAGCAUUCACUGAGAGCAAAGUUUGAGAUUCCUAUGGUGAGAGAAAGUGAUGCUGAGAAAUAUUACUGUGCAGCUGACAAUGGCUACGGCCCCAGUCUCAGUGGGCUAGUGAGCGUCACUGUCAGAAUUCCAGUGUCUCGCCCUGUCCUCACCCUCAAGGCUCCUGGGGCCCAGAAUGUGGUGGGGGAUGUGGUGGAGCUUCACUGUGAGGCCUGGAGAGGUUCCCCUCCAAUCCUGUACCGGCUUUAUCAUGAGGAUGUCACUCUGGGGAACAGCUCAGCCCCCUUCGGAGGAGGAGCAUCCUUCAACCUCUCUUUGACCAAAGAACAUUUUGGAAACUAUUCCUGUGAAGCCAGCAAUGGCCCGGGGGCCCAGCGCAGCGAAGUGCUGCUACUCAACAUCACAGGAGGACGUCCAGCCAGGGAUCCACCCAGGAGCCCGCCCAGCCCUGUGCACCGAGAAACCACAUACCUGAACUCAACAGCCCCGGGGCAGCCGCAGCCCAUAUAUGAAAACGUGAAUGUUGUGAGUGGAAAUGAGGUUUAUUCUUUGGUGUACUAUAUGCAACAGGAACGGCAAGCGGCAGCAGGGGAGUCCCUGACGACACAGGCCGAGAGCAACGCCUUCUCAGACAUCUAUUCUGGAGUGAAAAAAGCAAGAGUUACAGACUCGGACUAUGAAGAUACUAUCUGA